AUGUCGUCUAGCUUUCUACCUGAUCUUUCCAACGACAGCAAGACCAUCGGCCAUGCCCUACCGCCUGCGUUUUUCCUUCCCCGUGCUCUACCGCUUCACAGCAGCACGAUAUUUCGCAAACAGACAGCCGUGCAACACCUCUCAGAGACUAUGGAGGAAUUGUAUCGUUCUGCUCUAGCUCGUCUCCAGCUCGAGCUGGAAUUGCCUGACAAUAUUGCAAAGCGGCUUGACGCAAAGAUCAAACAAGUGAUUGUCCCUCCUUUCGUGCCAGAUGCUGGCACCUCCGUCCUGAACUACGGGCUCGACUUCGAGGCCGUCGCCUGUUCCGUUAGUGGCUGCCCUGAGUUCAGGCCUUAUUUCGAGAGAACACGUUCCAGAAAUUGGGAGUCGUCCUUCAACAACGCUAUCUAUUACUGGGCCCAUGCCGUUUGUGGUGUUUCAGAGAUCUAUAAAAAACAAAGGCCGGUGACUCGAAGAUCAUUAGACACCCAGCAGUCGCCGAAAACACCCGAGAGGCUCCCAGAGUCCAUGGUUGCCGGUGAACCAUCCACUACUCCAACAUUCUCAGCUUCUUCUACUGCCGCUGUCUCGCCGGGUUUGCCAAACGACAUCUUUGUCGCUCCUCAAGGCAGCUCCAGCCAAGCUGCAGGGGAUCGCUGGAUGCGACUCUGGCCUGGCAAAUAUGACCAUUGCAUCGAGAUCCGCGCCCUCAGCGGCACCCAAGAAGAAGUAUUGAGCGGGCGCAUGGAGGAGUUAUUCCAUGUGCGUUGCCCUAUGAAGACGCGUGGGUAUGACUAUGUCUUGCCACACUGUCGAAGGUUUCUGGAGAAACACAGAAAGGCUCCGCCCGAUGCGGAGGUCAAGCUCUUCUACUACAUCAAAUGGCCGAACCUAGCCAGCCCAACUCGGGUGUUGAUAGAGGAUAACAAGUCGUGUGAAAGGGCCUACGACUUCUGGUCAACCCUCGAAGAUAGCAAGAUCCCGUUCAUGCUCUUUCUGGACGACCUAAAGUACAGUCACUCGGUAUCGACACUGCCCCCCACCCCGCAGAUAUCUCCCAGACAAGGGCUCGAGAACUCCCAAGACGUUUCGCGAGGCAUGUUCCAUCUGUACGGAGGCCAUUGA